CCUCUCCGGUCAGAUGCAAUCAAACAUUUGACAGAUCAUCCUCGAAAGUCCAGUGUUCCCUCAACCGCUUUCCCAGCCGCGCUGAACACGGACCCGGGGUAAGACGGGGCGAAGCGCCUAACCUCUAAAACAAGCCAGUAGCGCCCGCGAUGGACCUGUUCGGGGUACCAGUCCUUCGAGGCCCACGACAACAAGGGACCAUUGCGGACGUGUCUCCAGGCAUGUACUUGCUCUGGAAUCUCUCAUCUAGGGGUCGGAGCUCUCUGGCCGAGAAAGCAUGAUCGGACUUUAGCACUAGGAACAUCAUGAUAAGGACCGCCUCCUGGGUGUCUCUACGGAUUUGUCCGGGCAACGGUUUACAUUCCUGGCAUACUGACAUUCUUGCAAAGUCCGUCGCCAGAGAUGCUUCUUUACAACAGGUUCAUAAAUGGCUGAUAUACUACGGACUACACCCGACGGCUACCAGGAGGUCAAAACGGGGCUGGGCUGGCGAAAGGUGCUACCUUCUACAAGCAGCGAAGCCACGACCCAACUUCCUGUGAUCGACAUCAGCAAUGGAUCCCAUCCAGAUCUGGAACGUCGCAAAGCCGUCGCAAAAGACAUAUGCAAUGCUGCUAUAAAGACAGGGUUCUUCUAUGUCAGCAACCAUGGAAUCCCCGACAGCACCGUUGAGUCCAUCUUCGAUGAGACAAGACGAUUCUUCCGUGAAUUGACUCUCGAGGAGAAGAUGGGAUUCGACACCGAGAAGCACGAGCACUAUUAUGGAUAUUAUCCCAUCAAGCUUGAUCCGAAACAGCCUGCUGGAGCCAAGUUGAACGAGAGCAUAAAUUAUGGUUAUGAGCCAUCGGUCGACCCUGACUCUGCGGAUCAGCAGAACAAUGGCGACAACUGGUGGCCUCUCAAAGACCGUCUUCCUGGCUAUGAGACGGAAGUCAAGUCAUACAUGUCCGAGGUCUUGAGACUGAGCCGACGUUUGCUCAGAUUGUUUGCUUUGGGCCUAGACUUGGAGGAGCAUGCCUUUGACUACCUCGCCACACGACCAUAUUCGAUCCUGAAGUUGGCUCAUUAUCCCGGUACGCUGCCAGGCACAGAAGAGCCCUCAUCGAUUCGACCUCAUACGGACUACGAGAUCCUCACCAUCUUACUGCAAGACGACAUACCUUCACUUGAAGUACUAUCCAACACGGGACAAUGGAUCCAGGCCAAGCCUAUCCCGGGCACAUUUGUGGUGAACAUUGGUGACACCCUGGCUAUGCUCACGAACGGUCUCUUCUCCUCCACGAUGCACCGAGUCCGGAACACUUCGCAGCGAGCUCGUUAUUCGGUGCCAUUCUUCUUCGGUGCGAAUCAAGAAGCAGUCAUUAAAGCUCUUGACACAUGUGUGACUCUCGAGAAUCCGGCAAAAUUUCAACCCAUGACGUCCGGCGAUUAUAUUCGUCGCUCAUUGCAAGGUGUGUACUCGAAGCCGAACACGGAAAUUGUCUACGAAACAAUUGAGAUUCGGGCCCAAGGAUGAUGUGGUUGCUAUACCUUGUAGUUUGAUGUCUGUGAAGUACAAUGUUACAACCUUAGGUACCC